GGUGCCCGCCCCGCGGAGCCGGCGCCGGGCGCUGGGGCGGAGCCGCGCGGCCGGGCCAGGCCGAGCCGAGCCGGGUCGGGCCGGGGGCAGGAAGAUGGCGAACGUGCAGCUGGAGUUCCAGGCCAGUGCGGGCGAGGCGGACCCGCAGAGCCGCCCGCUGCUCGUCCUGGGCCAGCUCCACAACCUGCACCGCCUGCCCUGGGCCCAGCUGCGGGGCAAGCUGCAGCCGCGGGUCACCGAGGAGAUAUGGCAAUCUGCUUUAAGCACUCUGAAUCCAAACCCCACCGACAGCUGUCCUCUCUACCUGAAUUAUGCCACUGUGGCUGCUCUGCCUUCCAGGGUCAGCCGGCACAACAGUCCAUCUGCGGCUCAGUUCAUCACCCGCCUGGUUAGAAAUUGCCUUCCAGGAGGUGUCAACAGAUGUAUUGUUAUGGUCUGUGAACGGUCUGAAGUCUUUGCUUCUGCUUGUGCGUUGGCCAGGGCGUUCCCAUUGUUCACUCAUCGGUCCAGUGCAUCAAGACGCACAGAGAAGAAAACUGUAACAGUAGAGUUUUUCCUGGUUGGACAAAACAAUGGACCAAUAGAAGUGGCAACACUUAAAUGUCUGGCAAGUGCUACAGAAGGAGUCAGGCUGGCUGCUCGAAUUGUGGACACCCCAUGCAAUGAGAUGAACACAGAUAACUUUCUGGAGGAAAUCAGAAAAGUUGGCAAGGAUCUUGGGAUUACUCCUACCAUUAUUCGAGAUGAGGAGCUGAAAGAAAGAGGCUUUGGAGGUAUCUACGGAGUAGGCAAGGCAGCUCUGCAUCCUCCAGCCCUGGCAGUUCUCAGUCACACUCCAGAUGGUGCUACGCAGACCAUUGCAUGGGUGGGCAAAGGUAUUGUGUAUGACACUGGAGGACUCAGCAUUAAGGGAAAGACUACGAUGCCUGGAAUGAAACGAGACUGUGGUGGAGCAGCUGCUAUUUUGGGUGCCUUCAAAGCCACUGUAAAGCAAGGUUUUAAAGACAAUCUUCAUGCUGUUUUUUGUUUGGCUGAGAAUGCAGUUGGACCACGUGCAACAAGACCUGAUGACAUUCAUGUUCUUUACUCUGGAAAAACUGUGGAAAUCAAUAACACUGAUGCAGAAGGUAGACUGAUACUGGCUGAUGGAGUGGCUUACGCAUGCAAAGAUCUUGGAGCUGAUAUCAUUCUUGAUAUGGCCACUCUUACUGGAGCUCAGGGAAUUGCUACAGGAAAGUAUCAUGCUGCUGUCCUUACCAAUAAUGAAGAGUGGGAGAAAGCUUGCGUUAAAGCUGGCAGGAACUGUGGGGACUUGGUCCAUCCUCUUGUGUAUUGCCCUGAGCUCCACUUCAGUGAAUUUACCUCUGCUGUAGCUGAUAUGAAAAACUCUGUGGCAGACCGAGACAAUACUCCAAGCUCCUGUGCUGGGCUCUUCAUUGCUUCUCACAUUGGCUUUGACUGGCCUGGAGUCUGGGUCCAUAUAGACAUUGCUGCCCCUGUUCAUGCAGGUGAACGAGCUACUGGCUAUGGCGUGGCUUUAUUGCUGUCCCUGUUUGGAGGGGCAUCUGAAGACCCUUUGCUUAACAUGGUGUCCCCUCUUGGGUGCAAUGGAGAAUCUCACACUGAAGAUAUGGAGAGGGAUUCCAAACGGCGGCGCCUGGUUUAAUGCGCCGCAGCCCUAAGUGACGGGGUGCGUGGGUUGCCUCACUUUGCACUGAUUCAUUCUCAAGCAAUGAAAAUGUCACACAUCAGAAA